GUCCUUAUAUAUUAACCCACCCACCACCAUGCAAUUCAUUGUCCAGCUAACUCACUCAUAAAUUUCAUUCUCUUUGCUUAACUUCUCAUAUAUUCAAUUCCAGUCCACAUACCAAAACCAAUCAUACAAGUUCAUGGCGGCUAAUCCUAAUAGACUCUCUCUUGCCAUGGAGAGAACUGGCCAAUGGGUUUUCUCUCAAGAAGUUCCAACUGAUGUUAUAGUUGAAGUUGGAGAAGCUCGUUUCUGCCUCCACAAGUUCAUGUUGGUGGCAAAGAGCAACUACAUCAGAAAACUAAUAAUGGAAUCAGAUGAGACUCAUCUCACCAGAAUAGAUCUCUCUGACAUACCAGGAGGUUCUGGAAUCUUUGAAAAAGCAGCUAAAUUCUGUUAUGGCGUCAACUUCGAGAUAACAGUCCAUAAUGUCGCAGUUUUACGAUGUGCAGCAGAGUUUCUCCAAAUGACUGAUCAGUAUUGUGACAACAACCUUGCUGGCCGGACCGACGAAUUUCUCUCUAAGGUCGCCUUUUUCACUCUCACCGGCUCCGUUGCAGUCCUCAAGUCUUGCCACCACCUUCUUCCCUAUGCCGAUGACCUAAACAUCGUGAAACGCUGUGUUGAAGCUGCAAGCGCCAAGGCCUGCAGCGAGGCGAAUUUCCCUAGCCGCUCACCGGCUAAUUGGUGGACUGAGGAACUAGCUGUUCUUGAUAUUGAUUUCUUCAGUAGAGUGAUCGCUUGUAUGAAACAGCGCGGCGCUAAGCCUCCAACCAUUGCAGCCGCGCUGAUUACAUACUCAGAGCGAUCACUCCAGGAGCUAGUUCGAAACCACUCCGGUGAUGGAAUCGGGUCAUCAGAUUACAAUGAUUCAGACAUCAGAUCAAAACAACGAAGCCUUCUAGAGUUAAUUAUCAAUCUCUUCCCUUCGGAGAAAGCAGCUUUUCCAAUCAACUUCCUUUGCUGCCUCCUCCGUUGCGCCAUCCACCUCCGCGCCUCCACCGUCUGCAAAACCGAACUCGAGAAACGAAUCUCGGCAAUCCUCGAACACGUUACCGUCGACGACCUCCUCGUGAUGUCAUUCUCCUACGACGGCGAGAAACUCUUUGAUCUAGAAAGCGUUCGCAGAAUCAUCUCAGUCUUCGUUGAAAAAGAAAAAAACACAGCGGUUUUCACACCGGGAGAACUCAAACAAUCAUUCUCCGUCCCUAUGCUGCGUGUGGCGAAAACCGUCGACAUGUACCUCGCUGAAAUCGCCGCGUACGGUGAACUCAGCAUCUCAAAAUUCAACGGAAUCGCUGUUCUUAUUCCUAAACACGCGCGUAAAAUCGACGAUGAUCUUUACCGCGCCGUUGAUAUCUAUCUCAAGGUUCAUCCAAAGCUAGAUGAAAUCGAAAGAGAGAAAGUAUGCAGCGUAAUGGAUCCAUUGAAGCUAUCCUACGAAGCGCGUGUGCACGCGUCACAGAACAAACGGUUACCGGUACAGAUUGUUUUACACGCGCUAUACUACGAUCAGUUGAAGUUGAGGAGUGGAUCAGACGACGGUGAAUGCGACGGAGCUGCGACGGAGAGGAAUCGGUUAGCGACGGAUGUAUCGUUGGUGAGAGAGAAUGAGGAGUUACGAUCAGAAUUGACGAAGAUGAAGAUGUACAUUACGGAUAUGCAGCAGCAGAAGAACGUUACGCCUGGAACGACGUCGUUGAGUUCGAGUAAGAAGACGACGUUUUUUUCAUCUGUGUCGAAAAAACUGGGAAAGUUGUUCAAAAAUGGGGCUAAGGAUACGGCCCAUUUAGAAGAUGGGCCUGUGGAUUUGACUAAGCCCAGGAGAAGAAGGUUCUCUAUUUCUUAAAUGCACCUGUGAAAGUUUGCAUACUAGUUGCUUUAUGCUUGGUUUUGUUUGGGUGGGGUUUUCUUUGUUAGUUUGAUGAUGUGAUUUUGUAAUUUAUGUUGUAAAAUAUAUGCAGAUUUUAUAUAGAUUAUGGUUCAUGACAAUGUUUGUGGAAGUUAUGCAAUGUUUGUUGUGGUUCUGCUUAUUCCAAAGUCCUUUGAUUUUGUAAUGU